AUGACAAGCGCCGUAGUGCCUUUUUCUAUUGACUCUGGGCUCUUCGCAAUCAAUGGCACCGCAGGACAAGCUACGGUCAAAAUCCACAACACCAAUACCGGCAAAAUCAUCCACUCAACACUCACAACCGAAAAUGGAGAAUCUUCAGCUCGAGGUGGAUUUGAGGUCGAUGGCGUAUCAGGCGAGGCUGCGCGCAUUCAACUGGACUUUCUGAACCCUGCAGGGUCGAGAACAGGGAAACUGCUCCCGACGGGGAGCAAAAUAGAUGAGUUCGAUGGAAUACGGACAUCUUGCAUUGAUGUUGGAAAUCCUUGCUGCUUUGUACAGGCUGAGGAAAUGGGUGUUGAUGGAGGGUACACUCCAGAUCAGAUUGAACAGCAUCCAGAUCUGCUUCGACGACUGGAUUCCAUUCGAAGACAAGCCGGGGUCAAGAUGGGCCUCGCCAGCUGUCCAGGUGAAGUUCCAGGCAGUGUUCCAAAGAUAUGCGUGGUCUCACCUAGUGACGAUUCUUCCAAUGUGGACCUUCGACUUCGAGCCAUCUCUGUCGGUCAACCACACAAAGCAGUGCCCAUCACUGUUGCGCUUUCUACUACGGCAGCCUCCAAAUUGGCAGGUACCGUUGUCCAGGAGUGCGUUUCACCUACUAUGGUGGAUCCAGCUGGUGUAACUCUCGGUCACGCCAGCGGGACCUUGAUGGUCUGA